GUAUGUGGUCAUGUUGCUAACUUAAUUAGGAAGCACAUUGACGUGAUAUGAUUUAUAUAUGCUGAAUGUAUAAAGUUAGCACCUCGCUGAGACACAGGUAUGUCAGAGGCCGUGGCCGCGGAGGAGUCAGUCAGCACAGCGCAAGUCAAGAUGAACACGUCGCUCUGUAAGAACCUGUCCCACCAGAGGCUACAGGAGCUUCCUGAAGAGCUAUCUCGAGACCAGAACAUCACUUCAUUGAACUUAUCUGACAAUCACUUCAUUUCUCUACCUCCUACAAUCGAAAAUUUCACUCAACUCACAAAUUUGGACAUUUCAGGCAACAGAUUGCAGACAUUACCACCCGAGAUUUGCAGUCUUACGAAACUGAGAACCCUAUCAAUUAAGAAGAAUGCUAUCAAGAGUCUGCCGGGAGAUUUCGGUUCCCUCAGGGCGUUAUUGGAACUGGAUCUGAGUGGGAAUGGAUUCGAGAUAUUCCCUCGGCAAAUUUGUAAACUGGAAUUACUCGUGAAUUUACGAAUUGGUGGAAAUUUUCUAAAAUCCGUCCCAUCAUCCAUCUCUAAAUUAGCCAGACUAGAAUACCUCUACCUUGGCGGAAAUCGCCUCCAAACGGUACCCAAAGAGUUAGGAUCGCUUACGUUGCUAUCAGCUCUCAUUCUCAGUGAUAACCAAAUCUACCAGCUACCCAAUGAACUAGCACUACUCACCAAUCUACACUCGCUGCGUCUCCAUGACAACAACCUUCAAACCCUACCCCCGAACCUCGUGAAUCUUACGAACCUACAAGAACUGAGUCUGAGGGGAAACCCCCUCGUUAUGAGGUUCGUUAAAGAGUGGACCAAUCAAGUCCCCUCCUUGCUCGAAAUAGCCGCAAAAUCAAUCAAGAAAAACUCAAUCCCACACACGAAACUAACAAUACCGUCGGUACUAGUUGACUAUCUCCGGGGGGCACAACAAUGCGACAAUCCCAGUUGUCGUGGCGUGUAUUUUACGGCAAAAUACCAGAGCGUUAAAUUCGUGGACUUUUGUGGCAAGUAUCGUGUGCCACUGAUGCAGUAUUUGUGCUCUCCCGUGUGUGAUAGUUGUUCGGAAGAUUACCUCUCGUCCAGCGAAGAAGAAGAACAUGUAGCACAGGUCAAAAUGAAGAAAGUCCUGUUAGGCUAAUUCAUUAAUUUUAAAUCAUGUUUAUUUUAUUAUAAUUAUAUGUCUGUCUGUUCGUGUACGUAGCUUAGGUCAAAAUGAAGAAGGCUGUCUGGUAAUUCAUGGACUACAUACUGUAUAAUUAUAUGUUCGUUUGUUUAUUAUAUCUGUGUGUGUGCAUAUUGAUGGUCCUUUAUAUAUGGUUUCUGUUUCAUAUAAUAGAAAAUUACCGUUUCCUGCUUCUGUUAUAAUUAUUUUAUUGUAUUAUUGAGCGGUAUAUUUUUUAUAACCAUUGAAUUUAAUUUCUCUUAUACAUUAUUAGUGACGACGGUAUAAAAUUAAUGAUCAUGAUCAGAA